GGAAGCAGCGGGAGGCUUUUGGGCUGUGCCGUCGCCACCGCCGAUUGGACCCUGAGCGGCGCGCAAUCCGCGAACUGCCCGCGGCCCGGAGGGUUCAGCUCCUGGACUGGCCGGCGCUGCCCUGCCGCAUGGAUGUGAGUCCUGGGCCCUUCCUCUUCAGGAGCCGCCCCCUCUACGCCUUAAGCUCCCCCUGAUCUUGCCUGCCUUCGAGCUCAGACUGGAGAGGGGUGUCUUUACACAACGUAGACCCUUCCAGCUCAGGACAAGAACUGUGAGAAAGAGAGCCAGGAAUGGGCUUCUCACGGGAGGGAACUUUCCUGGCAAGACAAAGAGUCUGCCAAGUAAUCAAGGAGAAAAGACAGAGAGAGAGCAUGGGCAGAGACCCGGGGGUGAGGGCAAGUACUGGGGCAUUUGAGGGGAACAGGAUCGGGGGAAAGAGAGGUAAGCAGGACUAGACUGGGACCUUUGUCACUGAAAGAAGGUUUGAACUGAGCCAGUGAUGGAGCCACUAAUGGCUCCAUCAGUUAGUGGCUCACUAAUUGAGCCACUAAUGGAUAUAUAAGAACAAGCUGGUGUGAAAAGGGGUAAAAUUCCUGGUUGGAAGACAGAGCCAGUAAUGGGAACUGAGGGAUGGUAAAGUAGUGGCAGUGGAGUGAGACAGUAGCCCUGUUUGGAGAGGCAUUCUGAAAGAAAGAGCAGCAAGUCUUGGAAAAGUCUAGAAAGACCAGCAAGUCCUUGAUGAUGCUGAAAUGGGGAUGCCAAGGGGAAAAGGUAGGUUUGGGGGACAAGGCAGUCUAGUCCCAUAGCCUCUCCACCAUCUGGUGGCUGUUCCUCCCUUUCCCCAGCCACCUCUGUGUCCCUCCUAGUAUUUCCAUGUCCCUGCUUGUCACCCUUCCUCCUGUUCUUGUCCAGGCCUCCUCUAGCCCGUGGAAUCCAACCCCAGCUCCUGUCAGCAGUCCUUCCCUGCUGCUCCCCAUCCCCGCCAUCGUCUUCAUCGCUGUGGGCGUCUAUUUGUUGCUGCUGGGCCUAGUGCUGCUGAUUAGGCACUGCCUGCUGGCCCAAGGCUGUUGCACAGACUGCAGCUCCCCCUGCAGGAAGCAGGGUGCCUCCAGGCCCCAGGACUGUUGCUGGACCUGCGCAGAAGCCUGUGACUUCCCUUUGCCAAGCCCAGCCCGCUGCCUGGAUGCCUGCUGUCCCCAGCCUUCAGAUGCUGGCUGGGCCCCUCGCUGCCCUCGCUGCUGCCCACUCUGCGACUGUGCCUGCACGUGCCAACUUCCUGAUUGCCAGAGCCUCAACUGUCUCUGCUUUGAGAUCAAGCUCCGAUGAGGA